CUCAUCAUUAGGAAUCGCGAUAAUUCGUUUUGAACCAAAAAUCUUGAAAGUUAUCUCAUCAACAACAGAGGAAAGGCUUACUAAGCAGAAUUUGUGAGAUAAUUAUGACACGCCCCUCGUAUGAAAGCAAGGCAUGUUUUGUCAAAUGUCAAAAAAAAGUUGUCAACAAAAGACGAAAACAACAAUAAACAGCUGUGUAUUUUCAACACGUUAUGCCAUGUUAAUUAUUUUCAAUUUCUACUGAUUUUAUAAUUUUCUUGGAUGAGUCACCAUGUGCAUUUCGUGCAUAGCAUAUUAAUAACCGAGUGAGAUAUAUAAAUAAACGCAGCCUCAUAUCGGACGUUCCAGUUCAGUCAUUGUUUUGACUUUGUAAAAAAUUGCGUAUUUCGCUUAAAAACAGAACAGUACCAAAAUAAAAACGAAGCAAAUAUCGUAUUUUAUAAGCGGACGAGGAACUGACUGGCCAGACUGUGUGACACAUGUGAAUUGUGCUAAAUCUGGCACACAAACCUAUCCUGACUACAAAUAACAAAUGUGUGCCAAAAACAGAUAUAGCCACACACAAAUCUCUGUGCUUCAGUAUUCAUCGCACCGCACGGUGCUGAGGUACUAAUUUUAACUGUGAAUGAGUUGGUCAGAAUGUUCAAACUGAUACUUGUUCCAUUAUUUUUUGCAAGUUUAAUACUUGUAAGGUCUGAAGGUGAGGAGAAUGGUCAGGAUGAGACUCAGAAGCUUGUAUCUUUGAUUCUACAGUCUCUAAAUGGGAAUUCAAAUAAGACAUAUAUUUACAACAGUGGGCAGUUUGUCCAUUCAGAACAAAAGGCUGAUAUAUCGGAAGUGACCAGCGACAUUGACGUGUCAUGUAAAACUCAGUAUCCAGACAUCCCCUGUACAAGUACUGUGCUUAGAUGUACCAGCUUUAUACGCAAAGGAGCAGAUCUCAAAGUACUCAGUUCUUCAUGUACACCAAAGCAUGAUGUAUCAGCAGAAAUUACAAGGGAUAUCACUUCUGAACUCAAUCAAGAUGCUGAUAAUUCGAAGAUUGAACUGAGUCACGAAGCUGCGUACCACGAAGAUCCCGAUAUAGUGGCAGUAAACAAACAGAAUAUACCAUGUGUCGGAUGUCCAUAUGACGUCAACAUCAACGCCGAGGGCAUUGAUAGGCUGGUUGAUAUCGCUCUUAAACAUAUCGAAAGCGAACGGGAGACUAAACAAAGAUUGGUCAGGGUCAUCAGACUACAAGAACAGGUGGUUGCUGGAAUCAAAUACAUCCUGUUGAUGGAAAUCGUCCCCACAGAAUGUCCAAAAAUCUUAGAUAUGGUGGACUGCCCCGCUGAUUCGCAAAAGGAAAGCAUGAUCUGUGAAAUUGAAUACUACGAACGGCCAUGGAUGCACACUGGCAAGAACAUUAUCAAAAAUAACUGCACGAUUUCCCAAGAGUUCACAGUCACGGAAAAUCAAGAAGCAUACGACCAGGAUACAAGGAAGACUCAUAAGAAAGAGAUCACUGAUGAUUUUUUGACUGAGUUGGAAUCCCAAAUAGUACAGACUGAUCCUAGAUUGGUUCAGCCAGUAGAAGACAAUAAUGUGCCCAAAGUUAGUGAAACUGGAGAAGCUAAAGUUGACGCGUACCCACCUUUUUUCUAUCAAACAGUAAGUGAAAGUAGAGUAGCAGAAAGUGCUACACCCACUGCAACAGAAGACGUCAAAUUGGCAGAGAAUAGCCCUGCUACAGAAAAUGUUCACUUUCUCCAAAUUACAGAAGGUAAGAGAAAAUACUCCAUUGUUUUCCAAAAAAAAACUUGCAUCGGACCUACGUUGAACGCCAAACUUUCGUCAAUUGUACAAUGCAACUAAGAUUUCUGGUUUUUGGGAGUAACUGGAUGUUUGAAUUAAGUCGGGAUCGAAUAAUUGACUAAAGACACAAAACCCGCUACUGUAUUGCGUGAUCAUUGUGUGACCAGUGCGUAGAUAUUUAGUGGAUACUACCAUGCUUGUACUGAUUAUGCAAAUAUGCUUGUGGAAGUUUCAAACAAAGCUAAAGGUAACAUUAUUUAGAUGCAGAUUUUGUUACCUUGGCCAGUGGUCCAAAUUUGGACGAUGCCAAUCCUAGUAUUGCUGGCCCAACAACCGAAGGUUUUGACGUGUCUGAAAGCAUUCCCUCCCCCGAUACUGUUGUGGAAAUUAUGGCUGGACCUAUGGUUACAACAGAAGGCAUUGAUGGUGUCACAUAUGACGUUGAGCAGGUUGCUGAAGUCGUGAGGAUAAUAAGAGGAGCUGAGGGAAAAACAACCGAUGAUAAAAAAUCAGAGGUGUUGGAAAGGGACAAGAGGAAAGUUAAAGAUAAUCGCGUUGAUGAUGACAGCUCUAGCAGCAGUAGCAGUAGUUCUGAAGAAGACAAGAAUCAUAACAGCGAUAGCAACAGCAAAGAUGAUGAUAAUGACAAAUGCAAUAACAAUAAGAAGUGUAGAAAUAGUCACGAUAGUGAUAGCGAUAGUAAAGAUGACGACGACGAUGAUAACAAAUGCAAUAAUAAGAUUAUCAAGUGUAAAGAUAACGAGAAUAGCGAUAGCAAAGAUGAUGAUAAUGACAAAUGCAAUUACAAAAACAAGUGUAACAACAAGAGCGAUGAUGACGACAAUGAUGAUGAUAAAAGCAACCACAAAAGUGAUGACAGUGACAGUAGCAGUAAAAGCGACGACGACAGCGAUGAUAGUGAUAACAAGAAGAAAGGACGUAAGCAUGAAGAUGAUGACGAUUCUUCAUCAAGCAGCAGUAGUUCAAGUAGUGAAGAUGACAAUCAUCAUCAUAACCAUGGCAAGAAGGAUUGUAAUAAAGGAAAUGAUAGAAAGAAGGAUAAAGAUAGUGACAGCGAUGAUAACGAUGAUGAUGAUGAUUCUAAGUCGUCUAGUAGUAGUAGCAGCAGCAGCAGCUCCAGCGAAAGCGAUGAUGACGAUGACGACGACGAUUGCCACAACAAAAAGAAAAAUGAUAAGUGUAAACGCGGAAAGAGAUCACUCUCUCUGCAAGACAUUGAGGAAGAGAUAGAAGAUGAAGCAAGAGUAGCUGCAAUCGAAAACGAGAUGUUCUACAAUUUCAUGAAGCACUACAACAAACAAUAUUCGCAUCCUUUGGAGUUGGUUUAUCGUCGGAAAGUCUUCAGAGAUAACUUGGAAACCAUCAGACUUCUUAACAAAUUUGAACAAGGUACUGCCACAUACGGUGUCACACAGUUUGCAGAUAUGACAAGAGAAGAAUUUUCGAAAAUGCACGGUUUGCGACCAGACCUGAGAAGUGAAAAUGAUGUUCCAUUUGCAAGCGCUAAAAUUCCUGAUAUAGAAAUACCCACGGAAUUUGAUUGGAGACAGAAGAAUGCUGUUACUGAGGUUAAAGAUCAAGGAAUGUGCGGCAGCUGUUGGGCCUUCAGUACCACAGGAAACGUUGAGGGACAAUAUGCCAUUAAAUAUGGACAACUUCUGGAAUUUUCUGAACAGGAAUUGGUAGAUUGUGACAAAUUGGAUGAAGGUUGUAAUGGAGGUCUCAUGGACAAUGCUUACAGAGCAAUAGAAAAGAUGGGCGGCCUAGAAACAGAAAAAGACUACCCAUACGAAGCCGAGAACGAGAAAUGUCACUUCGUGAAGACCAAGAGCAGAGUCCAACUAUCCGGGGCAGUGAACAUCAGCCACGACGAGACCGACAUGGCCAAAUGGUUAGUCAAAAAUGGACCAAUAGCGAUCGCGAUCAAUGCUAAUGCCAUGCAGUUCUACGUCGGCGGAGUGUCGCAUCCGUGGAAGAUGCUUUGCAGCCCGAAGGAUCUUGAUCAUGGAGUGUUGAUUGUCGGUUAUGGAGUACACACAUAUCCUAAAUUCAACAAAACUCUGCCUUACUGGAUAGUGAAGAACUCUUGGGGCCCCCGAUGGGGAGAACAAGGCUACUACAGAGUAUACCGAGGCGAUGGGACCUGUGGCCUGAAUCAAACUCCUUCCAGUGCCAUUGUUGCUUAGCAACACAGCUGCCAUAUUUUAUACUUAAUAAAAUGAACUACUUGAUAUCAUUUUUGAUUUAAAACAAAUACAUCUCUAUGGAUCAGUGGUGUGACAUCUACUUAUUAUUAAUGGUAAAAAAAAAUAUUGUGAUCCCUUAUUUAUCGUUAAUUUUUCAUUAUAGUAUUUAGUUAUUCAUUAACAAGUGCUUUAUGUUUAUAAUACUCUUGAAAAUAUUUAUCUGUAGGUACAAAUUGAUGUCCUUCGAGCUCUCAUAUUUUGUAGCUUUUGUUAGUGAAUAAACACUAAUUUUGAUUUCUUUUA